AUGGCGGCUCCGGGAGGGAUGAAAAGAUUACUGCCGGUGCUGAUCCUCCCGCUCUGUUAUGCUGCACUCAGACUCUCUCCGCUCAUCGAGAAGAUCAACGACCACAAAGACUUCAAGAAGCUUCUCCGAACCCGAAACAAUGUGCUGGUGCUGUAUUCCCAGUCAGCUCACGGGGCGGAGCGUCAGCUGAAACUACUGUCAGACGUGGCCCAGGACGUGAAAGGAAGAGCCACGGUGUCAUGGAUCGACUGCGGGGACCCCGAAGGACGGAAGCUGUGCAAGAAGAUAAAGGUGGACCCCGGGAAGAAGACCAACGGCCUGGAGCUCCUACACUACACAAGGAUGGAACGUUCCACACAGAAUACAACCGGCCCAUGUCAUACAAGUCCAUUGUAGCAUUUCUGAAAGACCCAGAGGGGGCGCCGCUGUGGGAGGAGAAUCCUGAGGCCAAGGAUGUUGUCCACAUCGACAGUGAGAAGGAUUUCAGGAAGCUUCUGAAGAGAGAGGACCGUCCAUUGCUCAUGAUGUUUUCUAUGCCCCAUGGUGCAGCGUCUGUAAGAGGAUGAUGCCGGCAUACCAGCAGGCCGCCACCGAACUGAAGGGCCCCUAUGUCCUGGCGGGGAUGAACGUUCACCCUCCAGAGUUUGAGCGACUGAUG